AGCAAUCCGUCCAACAACUCGGCUCGUAGCUCGUGGCACGGUGAAAGUGACAUCGAGCGUAACACCGUUCUCGAUGGAAUCCGUCGGUUCUUCCGCCGUUGCGAGAACACGCGAAUCACUUCAUCAUCCUUAAAGCCAUGCGAACCGCUUCUUACAAAUUCUUCUCGUAAGCUUCUCUCAGCGAUGACUUCCGAGAGACAUUCUCGCGAUAGCCAGCGCUUUCUGCCGCGUCGAGGGGACUAUCAAUCCUGCGAAGUGAGCAUAUCGUCCGCUCGUGCGUCGGUAAUGGUGUACGAUGACGUUAAUAAGAAAUGGGUGCCAAGCGGCAGCUCCUCGGGGCUCUCCAAGGUCCAGCUGUAUCAUCACUUGGUGAACAACACAUUUCGCGUGGUCGGACGGAAGUUGCAGGAUCACGAGAUCGUCAUCAACUGCGCGAUUCUCAAGGGUCUGAAGUAUAAUCAGGCGACGGUCACGUUUCAUCAAUGGAGGGACAACAAGCAAGUGUACGGCCUGAAUUUCUCCAGCAAGGACGACGCCGACGCGUUUGCUAGGGCGAUGCUGCAGGCGCUCGAUGUCCUGAGCAAUGGAAGCAACAUAUCUAGAAGUCUUGCUCCCGCGGUUGGUUCGACCACUCAACAGCAACCUGUUUUCCAGCAACAGCAACAAGGAAAUGCUCAAUACGACGAGGAUAUGGGCUACAGAACUAUGACCAGAGAAGACGUGGCGAUAAUUCAGGAGCGCAGAAUGUCUCAACAAAGUCAGGCAACUGGCAGUCCGAACGCAAUAUCUCCCAGCUGUCCUCUGGGAAGUCAACAGCAGCAGCAACAGCAAGUGCCCCAGCAACAACAGCAGCAACAGCAGCCACCCCAACAAGUUCAAGUUCAACAACCGCAACCACAGCCGCAGCAGCAGCAACCGUCAGCCCCGCCUCUGCCUCAGCAACAAUCGCAACAACAGCAGCAGCAGCAUCAAACGCAGCAGCCACCGUUGCAACAACAACCACCGCAACCGCAAUCGGGUCACCAUAGAACUUCUUCAGCACCGCCAGCGCCGCAACCUCAACAAUCCGUGAUGCAGACGAUUCAGCCGGUUGGUGGAUUAGGGACAGCAACUGGGCAGAUGUCGAGCGGCGGUACUCCCCCGGUUCCACCUCCUCAACCACCGAUGCCAACCGCUGUACCACCGUGUCCGCCGGCGAUGAUGAACUUCAACACACCAGUACCACCGCCUCCGAUGAUGAUGAACCAGUACGCGCAGUCACCGUCGUCUCAGACGAAUUUGCCGAGUCAGCCUCAGGCUCAGUCUAUUUAUAGCAGCGGGCAGGGGAAUCAGUAUGGUACACCGGCAAACAGUAAUCAGUAUGCAACAGCCACAGUGGUCGGUCAGAGUCCUUGUCAGUACUCCUCUGGGAGUCAGAAUAACUUCUAUGGCAACAAUGGGCAAAUAGGCAACGCGUAUUCAAGUGGACAGCCAGGACAACAGAGUCAGUAUGGCAGCGGUGGCGGUGGUGCUGGCGGAAGCACUGGGGGUGCUGGUGGAAACCAAUACGCGAGUGGUAAUUCGAUUGGUCAGUAUGCCAGUAGUGGAGCAGCAACGACUGGGCAGUACGUGGUUGGUGUCGGCGUUGGAACAGGCGUGAAUGUUCAGCCGAAUCAGUCUCAGUACAGUGUCGUGUCUCAAGCACAGCCACAGUACGGUACUGGUCAAGUGCAGGCUGCGUCAAAUGCCACAAACCCCUACGGAACACCUGCGAACUCCGUGAAUCAGUAUAAUAGCGGUAACGUUGGUGGUGGCGGCGGUGCGGGUUCCGCUGCUAGUGGGAUCCACGGGCCGACAGUCAAUUCGAACGUUUACGGGCCUGUUGGCAGCGGUGGUCCUCAACCGCCACCUAUGGUACCGUUGACCGGACCCGCUGCACCACCACCACCUCCACCGCCACCUGCACCAAACGCAAACGCUCUAAGUCUUAAUCCGCCGGGUGUCACCGGGUCAAUGAGUUCCAACAGUAACGCGGAUCCACCUCCAGACGCCAAUUCAUUGGCCGCUGCUCUUCAGGCGGCUCGUUUAAAGAAGAAGCAGUCGGCGCAGCAAUCUGUGGAGAACAGUGGCUCGAGCAGCAACAGCAGCGGAAGCACUGGUAGCGGUGGAAAUUAUGGUACCUUGGGCAGAGGAGGAGGCGGCGGUAUGGCUUCCAUGAUGGACGAGAUGGCGAAGACCCUGGCGCGAAGACGAGCCGCUGUUGAGAAGAAGCAACCGGAGCAACCGCAGGAACCGGAAAGCUCGCCCGACAAGAAGUCUUGGGACAAGAACUCGUCGAACAAUAAAUUCUCGAACGGCGCCGAAUCUCCGAAGUCGGUUCGCAAAAGGUUCGGUUCCGCGUCCGAGGACACCUUGCUGAAAGUGAACGGCGUGAACGACGGAGCCGUGCUCACCGUCCAAGAAAUGGAGGCGUUUAAGGCGGAGAUUAUCAAGGAAGUGCGCAAAGAGUUUCAAAAGAUGAAGCAGGAGAUCGUGGACGCGGUGAGGGCGGAGUUGAGCAGAAGAUAAAGACGUGACGCCGGGCCAGACUCGAGGAAAGCAACAAUGGGAGGAAGAUAGGGAGAACAAUGUAUCGCGUAGGUCGGACAACCGAAACGAUCGUGUCGAUGGCCGCGCGCGCAACACAGGUUUUUUUACUACGUAUUCGCGAGAGUGAAGCGGACUUAUACCCCGUGUAUAUCAGGCACGUUUGUGCGUAAGUACAUUAUUAUCUAGCCUAGCAUUCUAAGUAAAACCGUACCCUUUCGUUGUUUGCUAGACCGAUGGUAAGCGACGUUCCAAUUUAUGGAUAAGAAGAAUCGAUUACUAAUUCUGCCAAUUCGACGCACAACAGACAAUUUUUGAUCAUGAACCGCCUCGGUAGAGUUCAAUGCUACUACGUUCGAGAACGCGUGUACUUUUUCGGUGGGAUUGCACGAUCACCGUGUAAACGAAUAAUCGUUCAUCGUCGAUGAUAAUCCCAGGCAACGUAAAACCGCGCCGACAUCCAUCCCUCACCCACGCUUCGCCGAUCGAGGACAACCAACGACUAUUAAUUUAUGUAAAUAUCGGUCGAGAUUCGUCGCAACCAAUCGCGAUCAUCAUAUUUCUGAGAAAGGAUUCCUCUAGUCUGAGACGCGAUUUAGAGACUGGGAUUCGAGCCGGCGACUGCGCCUCACAUUCUCCGCGUUUCACCUAUUUCAAAUCGCCUUCAUAGCGCAGUUGUUGACGGUCGAAUCCGCGCUGCACACGGCACAUUGCGAGGCUGAAAACUCGAAAUUCCUGUAUCCAGUCUGAUUUAAUCACGCUUUCGUACAUACACACACACACAGCACCGACAUUUUUUCCGUGUACAUAUGAAAUCGAUACGCACAGCUUGUUACAUUCCAAGAGACAUGCAAUGGUUCCGCGAGACGCAAAGGAAAGAUAAUGCAAAGUAAACCGAACCCAAAAGAAACAAGAUGAAAACGUGAAGCGGUCCACCGAUCGACUGCCGCGACUUCGAACGAAUCAAACGAUUAAACGAAUCAAACGAAUCCUGAAACGGUGCGAGUACCGUUUUCGCUCAUAUAUACAUACAUUCAUACAAACAUGCAUAUGUAUGUAGAGUUACAUACAUACAUACAUAUAUACAUACAUCCGACAAACAUAGGUUCACACAUGCAUGCAUACAUGAACACGCACAUGGACACGCACUGCCGGUUCACGAAAAGAUGGGGCACGGAGAAACUUGUAAGAAUCUAUUUCCUAUCACUUGAAAUCCCAUCUAUCUAGUAUACAUGGGCUAUACCUAGGAGUGGGGUCCCCGGCAUCCCCCAUUGUCGUAAUUUAUGUCAUCUUUUCGUGGACGGUGUUGACACCUAUCAACUUGAAGCGUUUUAGAAAUUUUACGAUUUUUCUAUUUCACGCAGAACCGACUCAACGAAAUUCCACACUCUGACCGCACGACGAUUGAACGUUCGAUCGUGUUUGAUAUUGAUAUUGUAUAUUAUUCUCCGUUCUUAUAUUUUUUUAUCGUCUCCCGUACGAUUCUCAUGGAGCGUGAGAAGAGUAACGUUGCAGUUCAUAUAUAUUCUAUGUACCUAUAAUAUAGUCGUAUAUACGCUGAUCUGCACCGGCUUAUUGGCAUUUAUUGCAAUUAACGAAAAACACAAAAUAAUGAAAAACAGUAAAGAAAGAAGAACGAAGGAGUGCUACAAAGAGCCUUGCGUGACAAAAAAAAAGAAAUAAACUAAACGGGAUACCUAGAGAACAUGGAGAAGAAGUGGAGAAUAGCUAGAAGGGGGUGAGAGAGACGAAAUACGGUGCCCAUCAUUCCGUGUAGCAGCGAUAUCUUUUUCUAUCGAUAUUUCGUAAAACACAGAGCGUUAUCGUGUAUCGAUAUACGCGAGAAUGAAAGGAAAAACUUUGUGAAAAAGGCCAAAAAAAAAGAAAAUAGAGAGAAAGCGCGCGAAAAUUCGCGAAAGAUUCGCAACGACUGAUAACGAAAAACUGACACGGUUUUAUCAACCUCGUCAAGUCUUCUCCUGAUUUAACGGAACACAGACGUUUUUUAAUUCUAAGCAUAUCCGCGGGUCUAAAUUCUAUUUCGAAUCUCGCUUUGCGCAAACAUUUUUCUAGUCGACCAGGAAAACUGCAAAUCGGCGAACAGAUUAUGCACGGCCAGACUUGUGCGUUUUUCGCGAUAACAUCCGUUCGCCAUUGAAGGUACGCUGAUUAUUCACACGCUGCCAUCCUCGCCUCGCCUGUAACAGUUUUCACGCACCUGUUCGGGUUGAUCGCUGUUUUACCCGUUGACCGACCGAAGGACGAUCGCGCUCGACUUUAUAUAUCUCCUAUUUAUUUAAUCAAUGGUUUACGCGAUUGUACCUACGAAUCCGUAACAAAUGUCGAUCAAUUCGUCGGAAGUUCGACACCUCGGUCACGAGCGUUCGCGAUCGAGAAAUCGAUCGGUCACCGGGUCGCGGUCGAUCGCACGAUACGGCUGGUUCCCUUCUGUUCUCGCACCGAUCCGACUUCUCCAUCGAAUCGCGCGUGGAAACGCGCAUCAGACUCUCCGCGUCGAUCUUCCAGUAUGACAGUAUUCGUUAUCAAUUUCCUGUAUCGACCUCUCGGACAAUUACUCGGCGAUGCGAGAUAAGGGGAACAAGCGCUAAGGUCGCGCGAACGCGCCAGAUUGUCUUUCCCGAACGAUUCGAACAGAGGGUACAGGCUCGCGUAACUACGCUUCGAGGACAGCGGAAAAAGGUCGUGCGGGUUUUUGAGCCGAAGCUCCAGGACGUUAAAUUUUCCCAUUGAAAUCGGCGUUUACGCUGGCGACGAAGCUCGGCAAACACAGAAUCGAACAACAAACGCGCAAGGACAAUUAGCGUGAACCGUGAGGAGGAUGUGGUAGCGUUUCCUACCCGCCAUCCUCCAUUCUGUAACGAGCUGGUAGGGCACAUUUCUUAUUCGCGAAAUUUUCUCGAAGCAAAUCGAAAGAAGUCGCAACAUCCGAACGCGCACCGUUAAUUCGAUUUGCGAAUUGGUGCAGGGCAUUGGCUUCAAGGUUUUCAUUGACCGCACGAAAUUUAUCCGACGCCCGACGAUCACACGACAAGCGACCAAGAGCGUAUGUACUCGCGACCGUCGAUGACGAUGAUGGUGCACCGCGAUGAACCCCGGCUGAGAACGAUGCGAGAAAUUGGGAGAGAGAACGAAGUGUGAAAGCACGAGAGUAAGAGAUAGAGCGAGUGUACGAAUUGUUAGGCGAAAGAUUUGUCGGGGAACGUAGAGAGAAAAAGAAAGAGAGAGAGAGAGCGAGAGAAUGAGAGCGCGCGAGCGAGCGUGAUCGCAUAAAUCGGGGUACGGGAGAUGGCUGAUCGAGGAGGAGCGACUAGUAUUAGAUGCAUUUAUAUUGUAUUUAAUAUAUGUAUAUUUAUAUAUACAUAUAUAUCAUAGAUGGAUAAUUUUAAUAUGGCAAGUUUAUCGCGCGAGUAUUACGAGUGUUUGUUACGAUUGCAAUUAUUUAAGAAGCGACACCGGCGAGUCGAGAGAGCGAGAGAGAGAGAGAGAAAGAGAAAGAGUUGUAUUGCAUCAAAUUGAAUCGAAUCGCGAGGCAUACCAUGUCCAGGGCCAUUAAGAAGCAACGUGUGCGUUGAACAGUUUUUCGUGUCGGCGAUACAACAGACAGAAAAUCGCUGCGUUCGACGCGUUGUUUCACGUGUCGCGCGCAUGACACAGAAGCGGCGACGAAAGGCGAGACCAAGCUAAUUAUUGUUGCACUUUUAUUUACCGACCAUACCGUUACGAUAACUCCGCGAUUAUCGUUAUCGUCGGCUAUAUUAGUUUUUACCCGAGGACAACGACUUUUGUACAUACAUGCACAAGCCGCGGUAGCACGCGCAGUAUAACGUUCGAACGAUCUGUGUUGCGUUUCAACGCUUCGCGAUCCAAGGCCCGUUUUCGAAACAUUUUUCUAUUCUACAGGAUGUUUUCGUAGAAUCAAGAUUUAUUUGUGGCAGCGUCGCGAUGCACGCACGAUGCACACCCCUCGAUAUCUCGUGUUUUACAUGAAUGAAGAUCGAAACAAUUUUAUAUACCGUGUCGUUUAAAUUUAUAGCCGGCGGCAUGAUACGUCUGUUCAUAUUUUAUAAGGUAACUUGCAUUUAAUAGACUGUUACGACUGCGAAGACUGUAACCCGAACAAACGCUGCCGUCAACAGAGAUUGUUUCUCUUUUUAUAUUUCUGUCCCAUGUCGACUUUUACAAAAAAUGGGAGCUCGCGCGAAGCCUACGGUCUCGUCUAGGAAGCAUCCUGUACGGAUACUAAUACGAAAUUCAAGCUAUUAGUCAGCGUUUCGACGGUUCGCUCGUGUCUCCAGCGAUUUGAGGUAUCAUCGAUGAGAGACACAACUGGGAUCGUCGGAGUAAUUAAUGUGCCCGUGCUGUUUUGUCGACAGACCGCGAAGCGUUGACCGCCGAUCGCGUCUCGCCGCCGUUUCUCGCGCAGGAUUACCUCGAACGACAUCGAAACGAGAGAAAAGGGAACGAAUCGUCGAAUGGAAUUGUCCCGUUACGAGAUGCAGACGCUGUUUUCGAACCGAUGCACACGAGCGAUGCAGAUCGUGGAAAUUCGUGUUUCUUCCCGCGUACGCUCGAUUCGAAUACUUUGCGCGUUCGUUUCAGUUAACCCGAUUAAGGAAGAGGAUUAAGUAAACGCUUCCUAAUCUCUUAUCGAUAACGGUUAGAUACCGUGUGGCUCGAGUGCAUCGGGGUUUACGGUCUCUGUAUAGAUCGUAAAACAGGCGCACGUGACGACUACUCGCGUGUGGGACAACGUCGUCCGAUUCGCAUUCUUCGGAUGAUUCGCGCAGGGAAUGCAUUGCCGACGGUUCGUUUAUCCUCGCCGACUCGCUUCGUCUAGCCCUCGAGCGACGGAAAGAGCGGACGCGGCGAAACCGGAUGGCUUGCGUUCACCACCGGAAGCCAUCGUUAUCGUUCGCGUUCGACGUAGGUACUUGGACGGAGACGAUCGUCGAUCGGUCGGCGACGGAUUUUUGUUCUCGAGCGACGACAACGACGGAACGGAUAUACACAUGUACAAUCUGUAUAUCCCGGACGCAUCGAAGGGGAGCUCGACGAGGCACACCACCGCGUAGCGUAUUAUUUUGCUAGUAUUUUAAGUGAUUCGCGCAAGGGACACCCCAGCGAAACAACAUUUGUACGACAAAAUACGUUUAGCAGCGUUAGUGCGCGCAGAAAGAGAGAGAGAGAGAGAGAGAGAGAGCGAGAGAGUGAGAGAGAGAGACCGAGAGAAUGAGAGAGAGAGAAAGAGAAGUUUGAAUCGAUGCCGAGCACACUGUUUCUUAAGACGUAUCUUGAAAAUAUUUGUAUGUAAAUUGAAUGACGAAACAAUAAAAAGUAUACGCCGAAAUACA